AUGGUCGCCCCCCCGCCUGUCUUCUGGGCCUUCUUGGCCCUCCUGGCCCCGGGGGUGUGCGGGAAAUGCGGCAAACCGCCUCUGCUCCCCUCUGCCAUCCAGAGAGAAGGCCUUGGGGAGAUGGAGUUUCCAGUUGGGGCGAAAGUGAAGUACGAGUGCCGGCCCGGGUACCGGAGAAUUUUUCAGAAGCAGCAGGUCCUCCUCUGCCUAGAAAACUCCCAGUGGUCAACGGAGGAGUUCUGUGCACGCAGGUCCUGUGGAAAUCCGGAACAGCCCGACUUCGGCAGAGUGCACAUCCCCGGGGACAUUCUGUUUGGGGAAAAAGUCUAUUACUCGUGCGACGAGGGGUUCAGGAUGAUCGGAGAAGCUUCCAGAUCGUGCGAGAUCGUGGGCGGUGGCGUUGCUUGGACCAAUGAAUUGCCAAUAUGUGAAAAAAUCCCCUGCAAGAAGCCCCCUUCCAUCCUCAAUGGGAAAUACUGGAGCAACAGUGACAUCUUUUUCUUUGGGAUGGUAGUCAUAUAUGAGUGUGAUGGUGAUACGCUCAGGGAGAAGCCAUUUGACCUCAUAGGAGAGAAACAGCUCUAUUGUACCAGCAAAGACAAUCGCACCGGUGUCUGGAGCAGCUCUCCACCUCGCUGCGUCCCUGCUGUUUCCUGCCCGAUCCCUGAAGUCGCCAACGGAGCUCUGGUCUCCACCUUCAAACCUAAGUACCGGCUGAAAGAUGUUGUGAAGUUUGAGUGCCUGCCGGGUUUCACCCUGCUGGGCUCUAGCACAGCUGAAUGUCAAGUCGGUGGUAUGUGGGCCUUGCCCCGGUGCCAGAAGGGGUGUCUGCCCCCUCCUGACAUUUCCCAUGGGAACCGGUCCCACAGGAACCUGGAAUUCUUUGAACCUGGGAUGGCCGUAGACUACACCUGCCUGCCUGGCUACUUGCUGCAGGGAAUGUACACGCUCAGCUGUAUGCCAUUAGGACACUGGAGUGCAAAGGCCCCCACGUGUAAAGUGGAGUACUGCCGACCACCAACUGGAUACCUCCUCCAUGGCCAUGUGGAAAUGCCUUCCAACUUCCAGCUCGGGGCAAAUGUGUCCUAUUAUUGUGACAAGGGGUUUCGGUUAGUUGGAGAACGCUCUAGUCGGUGCUCCAUGGAUGGCAGGACCGCCAGAUGGAAUUCAUCACCUCCCACUUGUGAAAGUAUCACCUGCGGUCGUCCCCCUGACAUCACUGGCGUUCAGAACAACGCCGGUUCUGACCGAGUCUUUAACUAUGGGAUCGCAAUCAGUUACCACUGUUCUGGAUUGCGCAGGAUGAGCAAGCUUCUGGGAAAUAAAAUGAUCUUCUGCACAAGUGAGGAUCAGGAGACAGGGGUAUGGAGACCAUCUCCUCCUCGAUGCGAACGUUUCCAGUCUACUGUCCGGUGCCCCGACCCUGUGGUCCCCAGGGCAAAUAAAGUAGCAGGAUUCUUUACUCCGUAUCGACAUGGAGAUUCUGUGACAUUUGCCUGCAACUCCAGCUUCACCCUGAAAGGCAGCGACACGAUUUGGUGCCAAAGCAAUAACACCUGGUGGCCUUCUAAGCCGACCUGUGAGAGUGAAAUCGCUUGCCCUCCACCCCCUGCCAUCCUCAAUGGGAGACACUCGGGCAGUGACUCGGGAGAUUUUCCCCAAGGAAUGGAAGUCACUUAUGAAUGUAACCGUGGUCCUGAGAGAGGAGUGAUGUUCCGGCUCAUCGGAGAACGAACCAUCUGCUGCAUCAGGGCCGGAGAGGGGAUUGGAGUCUGGAAUGGGACUGCCCCUCGAUGCGAGCUGUCCACCGCUGCUGUCCGCUGCCAGAAACCCCAGGUCCCCAAUGGCUACCCGGAAGACAGGCGGAAACCCACUUAUUCCUACAACGAGACGGUGAAGAUCAUCUGUGAAUCGGGUUUCUUGUUAAGGGGCAUCGGGCAGAUCCGCUGCCGACCAGAUAACAGCUGGGGUCCUGCUAUGCCGACCUGUGAGAAGGAUUGUCAGGCACCUCCAAGCAUCCCCCACGGGCGGCACACUGGCGGGGUGAUGGGCAACUUUGCCCCUGGGGUGUCGAUAGACUACAGCUGUGAUCCUGGAUACUUGCUCGUGGGAGACGGGACCAUCCGCUGCUCGUCCCAGGGAACCUGGAGUCCUGCUGUCCCACAGUGCACAGAGGCAUCUUGUGGAGGCCUAGAAGCACCGCCCAAUGGCCAGGUGAAAAGGCCACCAAGUCUCAAGGUUGGAGAGACCGUUACCUUUGCUUGUAAUGAGGGGUACCACUUAGUCGGUGAGCCCUCUAGUGAGUGUGUGGUUCUCGAGGGAAGCGCCGUCUGGUCCCAUGAGGUCCCUGUCUGUGAAGUGAUCCUCUGCCCUCCACCCCCAGCCCUCACAAAUGGGAGAUACUCGGGCAGCCGCAUAGGGGAUUUUCCCUAUGGGAUGGAAGUCAAUUAUGAAUGUGACCGCGGCCCUGAGAGCGGAGUGACGUUUCAGCUCAUCGGAGAGCGAACCAUCCGCUGCAUCAGUGAUGGAGAGGGGACAGGAGUCUGGAACGGGAAUGCCCCUCGGUGCGAGCUGUCCACCGCUGCUGUCCGCUGCCAGAGACCCCAGAUCCCCAAUGGCUACCCAGAAGACCGGUGGAAACCCUCUUAUUCCUACAACGAGACAGUGAAGGUCGUCUGUGAUUUGGGUUUCACGUUAAGGGGUGUAGGGGAGAUCCGCUGCCGAGCUGAUGAAAGCUGGGGUCCUGCUGUACCCACCUGUGAGAAGGAUUGCGAGGCACCUCCAAGCAUCCCCCAUGGGCGGCACACUGGCGGGGCGAUGGGCAUCUUUGGCCCUGGGGUGUCGGUAGACUACAGCUGUGAUCCUGGAUUCUUUCUUGUGGGAGACAGGACCAUCCACUGCUCAUCCCGGGGAACCUGGAGUCCUGCUGCCCCACAGUGCACAGGGGCAUCUUGUGAAGGCCUAGGAGAAUUGCACAAUGGCCAGGUGAAACGGCCACCAGGUCUCCAGGUUGGAGAGACUGUUACCUUUGCCUGUGAUGAGGGGUACCACUUAAUCGGUGAGCCCUUUAGUGAGUGUGUCGUUCGUGCAGGGAGCGCCGUAUGGUCCCAUGAGUUCCCAGUCUGUGAGGAGAUCCUCUGCCCUCCUCCCCCUGGGAUCUCCAAUGGGAGACACUCGGGCAGCCACUCAGGAGAUUUUCCCUAUGGAAUGGAAGUCAGUUACGAAUGUGAUCGCGGCCCAGAGAAGGGAGUGACAUUCCGGCUCAUCGGAGAGCGAACCAUCCGCUGCAUCAGCGAUGGAGAGGGGACGGGAGUCUGGAACGGGAAUGCCCCUCAGUGCGAGCUGUCCACCGCUGCUGUCCGCUGCCAGAGACCUCAGAUCCCCAGUGGCUACCCAGAAGACCGGUGGAAACCCACUUAUUCCUACAAUGAGACAGCGAAGGUCAUCUGUGAUUUGGGUUUUACAUUAAGGGGCGCAGGGGAGAUUCGCUGCCAAGCUGAUGAAACCUGGGGUCCUGCUGUACCCACCUGUGAGAAGGAUUGUCAGUCGCCUCCAAGCAUACCCCACGGGCAGCACACUGGCGGGUCGAUGGGCAGCUUUGCCCCCGGGGUGUCAGUAGACUACAGCUGUGAUCCUGGAUACUUGCUUGUGGGAGAUGGAUCCAUCCGCUGCUCGUCCCAGGGAACUUGGAGUCCUGCUGCCCCACAAUGCACAGAGGCAUCUUGUGAAGGUCUAGCAGAACUACCCAAUGGCCAGGUGAAAAGGCCACCAAGUCUCCAGGUCGGAGAGACCGUUACCUUUGCUUGUGAUGAGGGGUACCGCUUAAUUGGUGAGUCCUCUAGUGAGUGUGAGGUUCGUGCAGGGAGCGCCGUCUGGUCCCAUGAGGUCCCGGUCUGUGAACAGAUCCUCUGCACUCCCCCUCCUAUGAUCCCCAAUGGGACAUACUCAGGCAGUCGCUCAGGACAUUUUCCUCAUGGAACAGAAGUCAGUUAUGAAUGUGACCAUGGCCCCGAGAGCGGUGUUACGUUCCAGCUCAUAGGUGAGCGAACCAUCCACUGCACCAGCGAUGGAGAGGGGACAGGAGUCUGGAGUGGGAAUGCCCCUCGGUGUGAGCUGUCCACUGCUGCUGUCCGCUGCCAGAGACCCCAGGUCCCCAAUGGCUACCCGGAAAACGGGUUGAAACCCACUUAUUCCUACAACGAGACUGUGAAGAUCCUCUGUGAAUUGGGUUUCACUUUAAUGGGCAUUGGGAAGAUCCGCUGCCGAGCCGAUAACAGCUGGGGUCCUGCUGUGCCAACCUGUGAGAAGGCUCUUACCAUUGAGGCGUCUUGUGGAAACCUAGGAGAACUACACAAUGGCCAGGUGAAAAGGCCACCAAGUCUCAGGGUUGGAGAGACCGUUACCUUUGCUUGUGAUGAGGGGUACCACUUAAUCGGUGAGCCCUCUAGUGAGUGUGUGGUUCGUGCGGGGAGCGCCGUCUGGUCCCAUGAGGUCCCGGUCUGUGAACAGAUCCUCUGCCCUGCACCCCCUGCCAUCACCAACGGGAGACACUUGGGCAGUCAUUCCGGAGAUUUUCCUCAUGGAACGGAAGUCAUUUACGAAUGUGACCGCAGCCCCGAGAGAGGAGUGACAUUCCGGCUCAUCGGAGAGGGAACCAUCCGCUGCAUCAGGGCUGGAGAGGGGAUGGGAGUCUGGAACGGAACUGCCCCUCGGUGUGAGCUGUCCGCCACUGCUGUCCACUGCCAGAGACCCCAGGUCCCCAAUGGCUACCCAGAAGACGGUUGGAAACACAUUUAUUCCUACAAUGAGACGGUGAAGAUCAUCUGUGAAUCAGGUUUCACGUUAAAAGGCAUCGGGCAGAUCCGCUGCCAACCCGAUAACAGUUGGGGUCCCACGGUGCCAACCUGUGAAAAGGAUUGUCAGCCGCCUCCAAGCAUCCCCCACGGGCGGCACACUGGCAGGGCGAUGGGCAGCUUUGCCCCCGGGGUGUCAGUAGACUACAGCUGUGAUCCUGGAUACUUGCUUGUGGGAAAUGGGUCCAUCCGCUGCUCAUCCCAGGGAAUCUGGAGUCCUGCUGCCCCACAGUGCACAGAGGCAUCUUGUGAAGGUCUAGCAGAACUGCCUAAUGGCCAGGUGAAAAGGCCACCAAGUCUCCAGGUCGGAGAGACCGUUACCUUUGCUUGUGAUAAGGGGUACCACUUAAUUGGUGAGCCCUCUAGUGAGUGUGUGGUUCAAGCAGGGAGCGCCGUCUGGUCCCAUGAGGUCCCGCUCUGUGAACAAAUCUUCUGCCCACCACCACCCACGACCCCCAACGGGAGACCUUCGGGCACCCCCUCAGGAGUUUAUCCUCAUGGAACAGAGGUGACUUACAAAUGUGACCCUGGCCCCGAAACAGGAGUGACGUUCCUGCUCAUCGGAGAGAAAACCAUCCGCUGCAUCAGUGAUGGAGAGGGGACGGGAGUCUGGAAUAAUUUUGCUCCUCUGUGUGAGCUUUCUACUCUGACCGUUCGAUGUGGGAGCCCACAGAUCCCCAAUGGGAAACUGCUGUCUUGGCCGGAAGCCUCUUAUUCAUACAACGACACCGUGCUGAUUGGCUGCAAUCCUGGUUUCACCUUGAAGGGUAGCCAACGUAUCCGAUGCCAACCCGACAACACCUGGGGUCCAGCUGUGCCAACCUGUGAGAAGGAAUGCCAGCCUCCUCCCGCGAUUCUUCAUGGGCGGCACACAGGCAGGGAUGAGGGCCUAGUUGUCCCUGGGGUCUCUGUAGACUACAGUUGUGAUCCUGGCUUCGUGCUAAUGGGCAAUAAGUCUCUCCACUGUACACCUUUGGGGAUUUGGAGUCCUGCCGCCCCACAGUGUGAAGAGUCGUCGUGUGACUUUGUUGGAGAUGUCUUUACAGAGGCGCCCAGCGCCGAUGUUGUGCGGACUAUUAAUUCUACAUGUCAAGAGGGGUACCAUUUAUCCGGAUACAGUUACAGGCAGUGCUGGUCUGAAGAAGGCACUGGUGUCUGGUUUAAAGAGUUUCCAGUUUGUAAAGUUAUUUUUUGUCAGCCACCACCAGAUAUCCCCAAUGGGAGGCACACUGGCAGCUAUUUGGACAACUUUCCUUAUGGAACGGAAAUAUCUUAUAAAUGUGGUUGGGGACGCAGAUGGGAGGAGAAAUUCCAGCUCCUGGGAGAGAGACACAUCCGCUGCGUUAGCGAUGAUGAGAAGAAUGGGGUCUGGAGUACCCCCCCGCCCAAGUGCAUUCGAUCCUUUUCCACUUCCCAGUGCCCAGACCCUCAGGUCCAGAAUGGGUACAAAGUAUCCGGAGCUGCUUUCCGAUAUACCCUAAAUGACGCCGUGGUGUUUGCCUGCAAUUCUGGCUUCUUCAUGAAAGGCAGUCGCUUGAUUCAGUGCCUUGCCAAUAGCACCUGGGUUCCUGAGGUGCCACGCUGCAUCAGGAAGGCUUUGGCCUGUCCACCUCCACCGGAGAUCCUCGACGGACUGCACACUGGUUGGAACAAGGAACGUUUUCUUCCUGGAAUGUCUGUAGCCUACAUCUGUGACCCAGGCUACUUCUUGGAGGGAAAGACGACCAUUUCUUGCACAUUUGAAGGAACAUGGGACAGUCCGGACCCUUACUGCAAAGAGGUGAACUGUACCCUCCCAGAGGUCCCAGUUGGAAUCAGGAAGGACCUGGAGUUUGAAAUGAGUUACAGAUAUGGAGAUACUAUCACUGUAGAGUGUGACGCCAGCUACACAUUGGAGGGCAGUCCCCAGAGCCAAUGCCAGCGCGAUCAGAGAUGGGACCCUCCCAUAGCGGCUUGUAAAUCCCGCUUAAAUGGGCCUAUUGUUAUUGGAAGUCUUUUGGGUACAGUUAUUCUUAUUCUACUGGUUGGUGCCACAUGGGUGAUCAUUUCCAAACAUAAAGGAGGUAUUUAUACAACCAAAAACUAUAAAGAAGCAGCUGUGCAACUAAAUACAAGACAAAUAUAUACUGCUGAUCCUCAGAACCAAGCAAUGCAACAGGAACAGUAACAGAUGAAUUCAAUCCUUCCAGUAUGCUUAUCUGCUGGAUUACUUGGAAGAUGGAGAAAAAACUGGAAAUCCAACAUGCUUGUUGGAAAGGAGCCAGUGAACACUUUGGGUUUGUGAGUUGACACCCUUGCCAUUUUUUUCUACUCGUGAAUCCUUUGGUGGACUGAAGAAAUCACCCUUCUGGAUGAAAACCAAGUUUUGUUGUUGCUUCUUUCUGCCCCGGAAACUCUUCUCAAGUUGGCAUGAUGACAGAAUGGAAUUACGGCAACUAAAUUCACAAAAUCUACAAACUCUUCCUUGAAAUUUGAGGCUCUCUUCCUCUAAAUUGUGCUACAAUUGCUCGUCCCUUAACCUCUAAUUUCUCCUGCUGACAUCAUACUCAUUGCUUCUGCAGUGGAAUCUAAGUCCACCCAGUUGGUACCAACAUUUAACCAUUUAAGAAGUUACUCCCAACCCUUCCUUUGGUUUGACUUCCACAUUUCUUUUUUUAUGAAACAAGUUACCUUCCUGUUUCCUGAUUUAGUUUUAUUUUAUUUAGUUGGUCUGUAUUUUGGGGUUAUUCUAAGGUCAAGCAAUAAUUCCUAUUAAAAUUGAGAACUGUUUGAAGUCUCAAGGCUGUAAGGGGGAAAACUAAUAGAAAACAUUUGGGAGCAUCCCUGACUUUUUCUAUUUCACAUUCAUAAGCUUCGAGUUUUUUUAAUGGUAGUUGUUAACU